AUGCAAUAUGAGUACGCGAGUACGCGUCCCACCUCUACUCAAAACCCUAUUACACUCUUUGUGGCCUUCUACCUGGAAAAUCCGGAACUCUUUCAUGUAGAUGUAACUCGGGGUUUUGAAUCUGACAUCCUCCUGAGCCCUGGUUCCGAUAUGGAAGAAAGAGAACCUGUUACUCUUAUCCCCCCAGCAGCGUCUCCCCUAGACACAAAGGAUCUAAAGACGCAGAACAUAGCUGAUCAUCCUCCAGACCUGUGCCGGACAGUUCCAGGAGAAGAAACCCUAAUUAGAGGACAAAGGGAGAUAAUCCAAAUUCUCCGAUCUAUCGAUGCCAAUCUGAGACGCCUGGUCUCAAAUUCCUAG